AUGAGAGAGGGAGCUAUUUCAAUCGCAAUACAGACCCUCAAGCUCAAGCAAAAGACAUGCUUUAGGCGAAACGACUCAAAGCACUUCUUUGUUUGGAGGGAGUUUCUGUGUGGAGCUAAUUCUAGGGCAUUUGGAGAAGGAAUAAUGCGUCCAGUUGUCUCUAUAAAGAUAAGUUUCUGUUGGGAGCUAUUUUCAGGGCAUUUGGGGACUUGUAAAGACAUAUGCUGGUCCACACUCGCAAGAGAUGUGUCAUUUAGUGGUCUAAUGUUGUAUAAGGAGAAGAAAAGCCGCACCCAACUCGUUUCCGUGUGA